ACAAUAUUAUUAUUAUUUACUAUGUAAUUAUUCUAUUGUACUGAGAAAUCUAAAAUAUGGAAAAUUAAAUAAAAUUUGAGCAAAUUAUGCUUUUUUUAAUUUUUCAUGUCCUUGGCCAUCUGUUUCCGGUCAUGCGUAGUUACGAGCUUGCAACUUCCUCCCCCUCCGCCCUUCACCGCGAGUUACCGCUCGUCUUCGCAAUUUGCGAAAAUUCUUGAAAUGGCUGCAAGAAUAAUCAGGAAAAUUGUAAGUUCGUAAAUCAGCCUUACAUAAUAAUUUUUGCUACGACACAAUUGCAUGCUUCCCUUGUUGUUUUUGCUGUCGGGGUCCAAAUAGAAAAUUUUUGUCGUCCCAAAAUAGACAUAGUAUAGUUAUGUCGAAGAAUUACAUAAAAGUGCUUUUGGAGCCUUUUCGUGAGAGUAAAGUGUUCGGUCAACUUGUGAAAUUGUUCUCUCCGGUCGCGAGUGGUAGUUCUAAAGAUGUUAAAAGUGGGAAAGAAAAGGUGCCAGCGACCAGAGCCGGCGCUGCUCAGUACAGCACUGGCGUGCGCAAGGUUACGCUCAUCCCUGGACAUGGUAUUGGGCCCGAGAUCACGGUCGCCGUUCAGAAAAUCUUCGAAGCAGCUAAAGUACCUAUCGAAUGGGAGGAAGUGGAUGUAACAGCUGUUAGGGGUCCAGAUGGCAAAUUCGGUAUUCCUCAAAAAGCGAUUGACUCUGUAAAUGCCAAUAAAAUUGGCUUGAAGGGUCCCCUGAUGACUCCAGUCGGUAAAGGCUACAGAUCACUCAACUUGGCCCUCAGGAAGGAGUUUGACUUGUAUGCUAAUGUCAGACCUUGCAAGAGUUUAGAAGGGAUCAAGACACUAUACGACAACGUUGAUGUGGUCACGAUCAGAGAGAACACCGAGGGUGAGUAUUCCGGUAUCGAGCACGAGAUCGUCGACGGGGUCGUGCAGUCCAUCAAGCUGAUCACGGAGGAGGCCAGUACGAGAGUGGCGGAGUUCGCCUUCCAGUUCGCCAGAGAAAACAAGAGGAAGAAGGUCACGGCCGUACACAAAGCUAAUAUUAUGCGUAUGUCAGACGGCCUCUUCCUGCGCUGUUGUCGCGAGCUCGCCACCAAGUACCCGGACAUCAAGUUUGAAGAGCGAUACCUGGACACGGUCUGCCUCAACAUGGUGCAGGACCCCUCCAAGUUUGACGUGCUGGUGAUGCCCAACCUGUACGGUGACAUCAUGUCGGACAUGUGUUCCGGGCUCGUGGGCGGGCUCGGCCUCACGCCCUCCGGCAACAUCGGCAAGAACGGCGCGCUCUUCGAGUCGGUACACGGGACGGCGCCCGCCAUCGCGGGGCAGGACAAGGCCAACCCCACCGCGCUGCUGCUGUCCUCGGUCAUGAUGCUGCGGCACAUGAACAUGCGGGACCACGCCGACAGGAUCGAGGCGGCCUGUUUCCACGUGCUGCGCGAGGGCAAGGUCCUGACCCAGGACCUCGGCGGCAAGAGCACGUGCACGGACUUCACUAAAGAGAUCAUCAAGAACUUGAAGUAGAUCCGAGGAUGUCUGGUCGCUGUUUGGUUGUGACGUUAAAGCUAGUUUCUUUUUUUUUUUCUUAAUUUCCCACUGAAUAUUUUGCGUGUUAAUAAUGUGGUCCAGGUUUUAUUUCGUAACCGCUUUUAACGUGUUCAUCAUUUUUAUUAGUACGUUCAAUGAAUUGCUUAAAUAAUCGCAAUUAGGGAUCUUUUAAAAUUUAAUGUUGCCCUUAAUGUUCGUAUAACUGAGAUAAUAAAAAUGAGUCGUCUAUUAUCAAAGGUGGCAAUCUGUGCAUUUGGACAAAAAAAUGUUAUUGAUAUGUCAAUACAAAUUGAUUUGAAUAUAAUCGUCUCCUUCAAAGAAUACGGUUCAAAACCUGCAUUAAAUAAAGGUUAAUACUUAACCUGUUAUUUAUCUAAGAUGUCGUUCAGAAGAGUUUUGUGACUGCCAAUGGAAUACAAAGUCAAUAAUUCGUUUUUCUGAUUUACCAAUAAUUGUCCAAAAGUCACAUUGCCGGCUUUGAUAAUAGUCGACUCAAAUAUAACUUCCAAGAACGUGACCUAUCAGAGCGUCUCGUUAUUAGUGUAAUGGUCUAGUUUCAAUAAACUUAUACGAUAAAAGCCUUUAAAAUGCGUGCAGGUAGAUGAAGAGAAAAAAUUUAGUACAAAAAAAAAAAAAAGAAAAACAAUUAUGUUUUAAAUAUGUGUAACCUUGCUUCUGAAUUUAAAACUAACAAUGAAGCUUAAGAUAUUAAUACUGAAAAAGUACAAAAAAAAAUUCAAGCUUAAAUAAACAAAUUGAUAUAAAAACAGUAUUGUUUACGCUGUAUACAGGACAGUGUCUUUAAAACAUUUCUCCAGACUAAAUACUCAAUGGUAAACUGUGAAUGAAGAGAUCCAGACCACGGGGGGGGGGGAUGGUGGUGGAACGUCCAGGAUUCCUUUAGCGUUAGUAGUCCUGACCGCAACGAGCAGUGACCGGAUUCGACAAUCAAUAAUGUAUUAGUUCAAUUGAUUAGCUUAAUUAGUCGAAUUGUUUUAUAGUUGCAUAAGUUUAUAUCGAAAUCGCCUGAAGUUGUCAUAGUAGUAUAUAGUAUACAUAUAUACAUACAUAAAUAAUAUAACAUCGGUUGUCUGCAAAUGUACAAUGAGAUUACUAAAAGAGUUGAGUCUUGUUUUGCUAACCGUACACUAGUUUUUUUUAAACAAACGUAACGUGAGCGUCGAGGGUCAAAAUGAUAUCUUUACUCCGGACGACAGUUUCGUUUGGCUACGUAUUAUUAGCAUUUAUAUUUAAUGCCGCGGACCCUGAAAAAUUAUAACGAGGAAAAGUCGCCAGCGCAGAACUAGUGAGGAAGUCACCGUUCGAUGUUUUUGAUAAGAAAAAACAAUGGAUGCAAACACAUACAUUCUAAAUAUGAAGUACAUUGAAAUCAAUAUAUAAAUAAAAUUUAGACAAAAAGCAAUAAAAGGGAUUUAAAACCAAAGGCUUAAAUUGUCUAGUCGAGUGGAAUGUAAUGAUUUUCCCACGGCAGUACCGCCCCUGGGGCUCGCGUGCUCUGGGGGGUGGGGGGUGGUCCCGGGGGGUAGGAGGCGGUCCCAGGAACUUAGGGGUUGGGGGGGGGGUCGCUCACGGGCCGCUGGAGGCGAUUGUCAAACAAACUAUUUUGUAGCUCAGUUCACUCGCGCGUGAUCAUCAUACAACGGCCAAAGAUGGAUUUAAUGUUACAGUAUUUAUCAUUCCGCUUUCUGUAAUUAGUGAUUUUAAGUAGAUCUGCUUUUAAACAUUAUUGAUUUAUAUGUGGAUGUAUCACGGUAGAGUUAUUUUUUUUGUUAAAUGUUAAUAAUAUAAAUUUCUGUUGUUGUGUGACGGCUCUUAAAGAUUUAUCAUUAAAACCUUUCUCUAUAAUAUUGAAAGUGAAUUAAAACAUUUCAAGUCAGAAGCUACAAAAUGUAUUCCGUUCGACUUUACUCAUGUAAUAGAAUCUGUGAUGCAGAUUUUUUGUACUGUGUAGUCCAUUGUGAGAAAUGUUUUCUGAUACCUGGCAACACUUUUUUCCCCUAUCUAUUCGGCGGUUGCCUAAGGGCCUACUCCAGAUACGCCCGGACGGGUAGGUGAGCUCACGGGCUUAACCUGAGAGAAUUGCUAACACUAGCCCUAGCAAGAGCAGUGCUUCGCAGAAUUUACCACUGGAUCGGAAUAACUACCCACUGAGAAGGUCCGGCGAGACACCCAGUGGGCUGUGUCUAUGGGUUAGUUCGCUCGUUGAACUCUUUGUCGUAGUCGCCGAGGACGGUGACCGGUGCUUGAUAGCCCUAAAAGCACCGAGAGUGAAUCGGAUAAGAUUCUGGCAACACUGUGCCGGCGCGACGCACCCGAUGCGGGUCAAUACCGACCAAUCGCCGCGUGACGAACGCGGCACGGACAUGACUCGAGCAACGUUGUCUAAUUUUAUGUUUUAUGUGUCCUUAAUUUUCCAAUAAAUAAAAAGGUUUAUAUAGAAUUGCUAUAUAUACAUGUGUAUGGUCAUCACAGUCGAGCCUAACAAGGAUUCAUAAUAUAAAAAAAUAUAAAAAUAAUCGAAAAAAUGACACGUGACGUUUAUUACGCGAAUAUCCUAGUUGAAUCGGAUUGGAGUCUUCUUUUUCUUCACUUUAUCCAAGCAUAUCGCACAGCUAAUUUUUUACUUCCAUUCUCUUCUAUCAGCCGUCAGCUCAACACUCACUCCUCUCUCUCUCACAUCAUCGGACUGGAAUAAGAAACGAGAAUAUAGUAACCUGGUUAAAAUAGGUUAUUUAAUAAAAUGCCAGUAAAGACAAUCUGUACUAUUUCAGCUAUUUGUACUUCUAUAUUAAUUCAAUUAUACUCGUGGACUUAUCAAAGCAAAGACAACAGAAAUAUAUUUUUAAAUGAUAAAAGAAAAAAUUCCCAGUGAUAUAUCCAGCCUAUACGAUACUAUAACAUUGAAGCAUCGUAGGACGCCGUCAAAUUAAAUAAUCUAUUUAAGAGUAGUAGUUUUUGUCUCCUAGUUAAUUUAUUAUUGUGACGUAUUGUGUAGUUACCAUGACUUUGUACUAGAUGUAUUGACUAAAAAUAUCGUGACCGCCAUUUUGAGUACUUAAUUAUGAAAACGAGAAAUUAAACUGUAAAUAAAAUGUAAUGAAAUUUGUAAUGCGGAUGUAGUUCAGUAUUUAAUUAUUUGUUAAUUUCCUAUUUCAAUUUGUUUUGAAUAACGUCGUAAAAUUAUUUAAAUCAGUUUAUGUGAAAUUUGUCCUCAAGGUUUGUAACUCUGUGCUUCAAUAUCCAUCUAAUGGAUAAAGCUUAGUUUAUUAUUCUUGCACCGGGAAUUCGGAUUUAAUCUGAUGUUAUGAUUUUUGUUACUUGUAACACUGGUCCAUUCCCAUCAGAGGCUGUGUUAGCACCUUAUUGUGAUUUAUUUUUACACUCAUGGAUUUGUGAGUCAUUUGUGAUUUAGUUUUGUGUACUGAAAACUUUUUAAGAAGUUUUAUUGUGACAUUUAGUUGUAUGUAAAUAUAUUAGCCCAAUAAAAUAUAAAAAAAGUUUUGUUUUUAUUUUAAUUUUAUUGAGUUAAAUAUAAAGAUAA